UAAGCCUACUUUUUUGCCUUCCUUGGUUAAACAGAAAGAUGUCGGAGACAGCCCCAGUUGCUCCUGCUGCUCCCGCACCUGCAGAAAAAACACCUGUUAAGAAGAAGGCGAAGAAAGCGGGCGCAGCUGCUGGAAAACGCAAGGCGUCCGGACCUCCCGUGUCCGAGCUCAUCACUAAGGCGGUUGCCGCCUCCAAGGAGCGCAGCGGCGUAUCCUUGGCUGCGCUCAAGAAGGCGCUGGCAGCCGCCGGCUACGAUGUGGAGAAGAACAACAGCCGCAUCAAGCUGGGUCUCAAAAGCCUGGUAAGUAAGGGCACCCUGGUGCAGACCAAGGGCACUGGCGCCUCGGGCUCUUUCAAGCUCAACAAGAAGGCGGCUACUGGGGAAACCAAACCCAAGGCUAAGAAGGUGGGUGCGGCCAAGCCCAAGAAGGCUGCUGGGGGAGCUAAGAAGCCCAAGAAGGCUACGGGCGCGGCCACCCCAAAGAAGGCCGCUAAGAAGACCCCGAAGAAAGCCAAGAAGCCGGUGGCGGCUGCCGGGGCGAAGAAAGUGGCCAAGAGCCCGAAAAAGGCGAAGGCAGCCAAACCGAAGAAGGCCGCUAAGAGUCCGGCCAAGGCUAAAGCCCCUAAGCCCAAGGCCGCCAAACCUAAAGCUGCCAAACCCAAGGCUGCAAAGGCCAAGAAGGCGGUCUCCAAGAAGAAGUAAAUCUUCAGCGGGACCUGCUUUGAAAAUCUCAAAGGCUCUUUUCAGAGCCACCCACUAAUUUCAGUUAAAGCGGGUUAAAAUGAACAUCUUGGGAUGGAUAUAGAAGACUAAAGAUGUUUUCAUAUUCUGCAGCAGGAAGAUGAGUGAUUAGGAAUCUCAUUCCUAGUCCUUGUAUUUCAUCACUAAACCACAUCCCUAGGAGGGCCUCCUGAAACACUCAUCCUUGGAUUUCUGAUGUUGUUUUGCUGAACUAAGGUGGUCUGUCGAUUACAGUGGCAAAACCCCAGGUUUAGAAAAACUCAAGACUGAUGCUUAAAGAUGGCAAAUAUCAGGCAGGAGCCUCUGUGAGUAGUUGUCUGCAAAAUAUACCAAAAAAAAAAAAAAAAAGAAGAAGAAGAAAUCUUAGCAUGGAAGAUGUGAAGGGCAUGUUCAUAUUUUCUUAACUGCAAGAGGGUAGUCAUGUUUAUGAUAUAAGUCCAAGCCAAAAGUAAUUUUGGGGGCCAGGCUGAAGUCACUACAUAUUACCUUCUGCUUAGUAAUUGCCUGACUCCUUUCGUUAGGGAAAACACUGAUUAAAACAGCCCGCCCUGGCCAGGCAAAGACCAUAACAAUUUGCAUGAGUUUUUAUGACAGGAGAUCCUGGUAAGGAACAUGGAACUAACAAGCCACCACCAACCGGAAGAAUCCGGGAAAGGUCAAAAGAAUCCUCGUCGAUGGAAUCCAUGUUGGCUAAACGGUUGCAUUCGCCACCGGAAAGGACCCUGAGUCACAAUGAUUGGCCAGAGACAACCAGGAAACUAACCCCAUCACCAUAAAACCUGAGACUUCAAGCCACCUGGCAGAGCAGUCCUCCUGGGUUCCUUUCCCCUCCUGGUCUCUGCCUGGGGUGCCCGGUCCCAAUAAAGUCUCUUGCUUUGUCAGCACGUGUGUCUCCUCGGACAAUUGAGGACAAUUCAUUUCUGUUAGACAAGAGCCACUCUCGGGCGCUGGAAGUGGUCUCCCUUGCUGCAACACUUUUAACUGGAUGAGGCAGAUUGAAUUCAUGUCAUUGUAUAGAGGCCUUGACUACUCAUGUCACUCAGUCACUAAAUCAUGUAGAUGUUAAAGUAAGUCUUGGUAACUGACAUUUUCUCCCGUCUCACCUUCUCUCAUCAUCUCAUACUUGGGAUGAUUCGAUUGUUUCCUAACCCGUAUCCUAACCAGUUUCUUCCUAACUGGUUCUUCCUAACCAGUUUCUCCAGCCCCUAAUUUUUAAAUUCUGGUUAUUCUGUCUUAUAAAAAUUAUCACUUGCUCCCUAUUGGCUUAGGUUCAAGUGAGAAAUUUAUAGCCUUUUUUCAUAAUGAUACUUUCUGCUCACACUAACUAGUACAAAUAACUCAAAUUUACCUAUUUCUUUUUGUUUGUUUCUUUUUCGUUUUUUG